AUGAAGUCUUCCAUUGUUCUUGCCGCCACUAGUGCCGUCUUGGCCAUGGGUGCCGCCAUCGAUCCCCGUGCCCUGGAGGUCGUCCUGGACAUCACCUACGUGACCGUCACCGUCACUGAGGGCGUUCCCAUCGAGGAGCCUACUCCCACCCCUACUCCCUCCACCCCGGCUGUCUUCUACGAGGCUCCCAGCUCCGUCCCCAAGAUUGAGGAUACGCCCGCGCCUGCGCCCAUCUUCGAGACCAUCACCACCAAGCGCUCCGAGACUCCCACCCCGACCCCGACCCCGACUCCCACCCCCACUCCUACCCCCGAGCCUGUUGUCGCGCCCGUCGUCUCGGAGCCCGUCGCCCCCUAUGUCCCUGCUCCCGCGCCUACCGUUGUCGAGACCACCGAGGCCGCCCCUAGCGCCGCUCCCGCCGUCAGCGACCUCCAGAGCACGUGCCUCGACUCCCACAACAUUCACCGGUCUAACCACUCUGCUCCCGCUCUGACCUGGGACAGCGCCCUUGCCAGCUACGCCCUCAUCACCGCCCAGACCUGCGUCUUCGAGCACGACAUGGCCACUGGCGGUGGUGGCUACGGCCAGAACCUUGCCAUGUGGGGUGCCACUGGCUCCGAGGGUCUUGGUGAGGCCAAGGCUGCCCAGCGUGCCAUCACUGAGCAGUGGUACAACGGCGAGCUGAACCUCUACACCGGCUAUGGCGAGGCCAGCCCUGACAUGACCAACUUCCUCCAGUGGGGCCAUUUCACCCAGAUGGUCUGGGUUGACACCACCACUGUUGGCUGCGGCGUCCACUACUGCGCUGCCGGCACUCUCAGCUCCAUUGGCAGCUGGUACACCGUCUGCAACUACAAGUCCCAGGGCAACGUCAUUGGCAGCUUCGACAAGAACGUCCUGCCUCCCGGCAGCGCCGCCACCGUCAACAUUGCUUAA